UAUUGCUUACAAGUGACGUCACACGUCAUGGCGUUUCAGCUGUAUUCUACUCUUAAUUGCAAAGCAAGGAUAGGAGGAAGAUGACUUCUACAUUCGAUGUAUUCGGGCGCGCGAAAAAAGCUCAUUAAAAUAUGAGUCGUUAUUCUACCAACUUUGUGAGUCGAACGUAGAGACUUCAUUAUUCAGGAUGCUGUCUUCAAUCGACGAAAGAGUUGAAGACAAUAUUGAAAGACCCGACAGUGCGGUACAAAGAUUGAAUAUUGUAGACUCUAAAAAACACACGUUACCCGAAUUCAUAGGAGGACAUGGUCCAUGGCAGUAUCGUCAAUGGCUGGUAUACUUCGCCGCUUCCAUGUGCAGUUCAUUAUAUUUAUUUUCUACUUUUCCAUUGUCAGCUCAGGUUUAUUGUCCAUGCAGCAACUUUUCAAAUAUAUCAAGUCCAGAAGCAAAUUUAUUUAAUUCAGUAAUUAACUGCGCAUUCACAAAAUGCCGGAGAGGUCCAGUUUUACCUGGACAAGUAACCAACUUCUCUUGUUCCAAUUCCUUCAGGAAUUCCGAUCAGGACGAAGUUGUAUGUGCUAAUAUGAAAGUUGUAAUUUACGCCAAGUAUAUUUACGUGUUGGGGAUGUUGCUUUCUGGUCUAACAGCUCACUUUUUGUCAUUUAAGUUUGGUCGUCGAACAGUUGCCGUGAUCAGUGGUUUUCUGCUUUUAGGGUUCUCCAUAGCCACAGGAAUGUCGUCUUCGUUAGUCAAUUAUCUAAUUCUGAGAUUGUUUAUAAGCAUAACAGUAACGAACAUCUACUUAGUUUCGAUAUUUUCUUUGGUUGAAUGUUUGGGGGAAGACUAUAAAAUACUAUAUGCAAUGAGUGGUCAUCUAGGAUGGGGAGUUGCACAUUUCAUUCUUCCCCUGGUCACGUGGCUGACAAAAGAUUGGUUGCAGUACAGUGGAGUCAUAAGCGGCAUAUCCAUUCCGAUGAUUGUGCUUUCCUUCUUUAUUCCAGAAUCGAUUGAAAUCAACAUCGCUAAAGGCCUCAGAGCCAAGUCUCAAAAACUGAUCCGUAUAGCAGCAUGGAAAAAUGGCUACCCGACAGAAGACCUCGAAGAAUUCACCCAUGCACUGUGCCAUAAGAAGAACCAAGAAGAGAUUAAAGAGGUUUGGAAAACCGCUAAUAUUAAAAGAGCUUUUGAACUUUCACUCCUUUUUCUGGUCGGUUUUUCUGCGUCUUUCUUAUACUUCACAUGCCUAGGACUAUCCGACUGGGUAAACAGAGACAGAGGUGGAUUUUUUGCUCUAGCAGGAACUACAGAAAUAUCUGCCACAAUCCUGUGCCUCUUUUUUGUUUGCUUUGUUUCGAACAAGAUUGUUUGGUCUAUGGCAACAGUAAUGGCGUCUGUUUUCUUGCUCGUCUUAUAUGCAAAGGCAAGCCAAAUUGAACAUUUUCACAUUUCAACUGGCACGUUUGUGGUCACAAUGUUUUUCACAUCCGCCAGCUGGACGAUAGUGUUAAUGAGAACCCUUUUCCAACCUUUAAUAACUGCUAAUUCAAAGUGGAACGCUUUCAUCUCUGGAUUUGCUAUUUGUUGUGGAGUUUUAAUUGCAUCAUUAACUGACUUACAGAAAUUUGAUUCCUGGAGUCCAAAAUUCUAUGUGGUUUAUGCAAUUCCAAAUUUAACAUUAGGAGCAACAGUUGGUAUUAUACCAGAAAGAUAUUUUAAGUUCUAAAAUCCCCAGAAUGAAAGAUUGUGUAUAAAACAAAACAUUUACUCAUGAGUUAGUAAUUUUGGAGGAAUACCAAAUCAACUUUACAAAAAUAAUGCAAUCAAAUCCAAUAAUAUUUUUCUGAGAAAAUGAUUGCAAUAUUUAUAAAGAAUAAUUGUUAUUUCAAAUUCUUAACAGUUCUUCAUAAUAAGAAAGGAUAAUAUGAGGAUUAAUACAUUUGAUCAAUAUUUUGAAAGGUUUUAUAGCAUUUCCUCUGAUUUGCAUUAAACAUCGAAUGAAUUUAUAUUAAUAUAAAUACUCCAUUCAUAUUUAUAUUUUUCUUAAAUUAUCAUGUAACAAAUCAUCAGGAAUGAAUAAUUGCUGAAGCCACUUCCUUAUUUGAUAUAAUUUAAAAAUAAUUUAGCCUCCUACCGGGAACAUGAUACAACAAUAGGAAAAAAAUGGAAGACAAAAACCAAUGCAACAAAAUCAAAAAAUUAAUUACUGGAAUCAUAAUAGACAGACAAAUAUUACCUUAAAUAUAAAUAAAAUAUAUUUAAAUAUAUAAUUUUGAAAAUUUAUUCUAUAUUAAUAGAUUCUAGAUAAAAACUAUAUACAAGAUGGAAAUUUGAGCCUUAAUUGCUGGAAAGUUAGAAACUGUUUACUUGGAAUAUUAUUUGCAAAAUUCAAAGUACCUUAAAAAAAUAUUUCUUUUAGCUGGUAAUUUUUAUUUCAUUAAAGACUAGAAAAUUUCCAUUUUGCUGAUACUCUGAGAAAUUACCCUUCAUUUGGGGGGGGGGGGAGUAAAACUAAAUAUCAUCUUCUAAUUGCUGUUUAAAGAAUAACUUAAAGGUUUGGUAGAACAAGCAACAAAAUAUCUCCAUUAACUCUAAUAGCUCUCCUGUUAAAAUCAUUUUUAUGUUAUCUUUUCCACAUCCGUUUAUUCUGUUAAUUUCCAACUGCUCAGAUGAGUUUUUAAAAUUUAUUAAAGCAUUAUUUUCAAAUUUCCAAACACUACUAGCAAAAAAAAAAUAAUUCAGAAAUAUGAUUGAACGCAUUUAAUAGGAUCAAUAAAUAAAUUGUAUUUCAUCAUUUGCUAUUCAUCCAUAACAGUUUUGAUGUGCUGAUAUUAUAAAUGUCAAAAAUUUAACUAGGAUUUUCAUCAGAUGAAAUAAAAAUCCGAAAUAAAUCAUCACAUUUUGUAUAUAUUUCCAUUGCAAUAAUUUACAUUAUCAUCUUCUCAUAGUCCAAGAGAUUUAAUUUUUAAUCUUAUAAAUUUUACAGGUGCAUGGCUGUUUUUUUUUUUUUUUUUUUUUUCCUAAUUAAUGCAACAUGCAGUUUAUGUACAGAGAAAAGCCCAUGAAAAUAUUUUCAGAGUAUUUACAUUUCCAUGCUUAUCUAUUUAUGACGGAAAACCCUUUCUCAUUCUACAUGAAAUUUUUAAUCCAGUAAAUAAGCCAUUGAUUUUUAUUAGAUAUCAGAGAUUUCUUAUCAGUUUUUCAGAUUUUUAAAUCUGUUUAAUUUGUCUUUAUUUGGUUGACCACCAUCUAACUAAAAAUUAAAGAGCUAACCCCAAACUGAAAUUUCAAAAUACUUUUAAAAAACCAUUUUUAACAAAGAUUACCUGGAUAUUGUUUUAUAAAUCAAUGCAAACAUACAAUAUAUCUAGUUAAUUACUUUAUUGUAGAAAAUAGUUUUAUAAAAUUUUGUGUAUGAUAUGUAAUGUUAUGGCAGAAUUUCAGAAUUAUAUGAGACAUAUAUAUAUAUAUAAAUAGUGUAAGUUAAGUAAUUUGCUUUCAUGGAUCAAACAUUCAGAAGUUAUUCAUAUUUCCUUAAGUAAUGUUCAUCGCUUCCAUGUUCAUUAGAAUUUUACUGUACUAUAAUUGUAAUUUUUUAUGUAUUUAUGAGUGAUAACAUUCACAACUUUCUGUGAAUAUUUAGUGAACAUUUUAUACUACAUUCUUCUGCGUAUGUCUGUGAACAUAAUACACUGUAAAAGGAGUUAUUACCGACCAUAAUCUUGUGAAAGUUUUUUUAUCAAUGCAGCAGUAAAAUUUGUAUUUUAAUUGGAAAUGAGUUUCAUUUUGUACUGUUCUAUGUUUAAAAUAAAUUUAUUUUUACAAUCUGUU